AUGUCUGAGAGCUCGGAAGCCAAUGCGAGAGCGCAGAAUGCGCUCGCGACCACGACAAACUUCAUGCGACAGUUCCGUGAUAAGAAAACCCGGGAGCUCAAAAACCUCACGGCUUCGCAAUUCAUGGAGGUUUGGUCUCACUACGAUCACGACGGCAACGGUUACAUCGAAGGUAGGGAGCUGGACGAUUUUCUCCGCGAGUUUGUCUCCAGUGUUAGCCUCACCGAUGUGGGACCCGAGGUCGUGUCGGAGUCGAUGCUCGAGGAACUCCGCGAGUGCUUUAUGGAAGCCUACGACGAUAACAAAGACGGCAAAAUCGAGAUCCGGGAGCUGGCGCAACUCCUGCCGCUUGAAGAGGGAUUUCUACUUCUCUUCCGAUUCGAUAACCCGUUGGAUAGUUCAGUCGAGUUCAUGAAGAUUUGGCGAGACUACGAUACCGACGGCAGCGGCUAUAUCGAAGCUGACGAACUCAAGAACUUCUUGAAGGAUCUUCUGCGCGAGGCGAAACGUGACAACAUCGAAGAAGAUAAACUCAUCGAGUAUACUGACACAUUGCUCCAAAUUUUCGACAGCAACAAAGAUGGGAAACUUCAAUUGAGUGAGAUGGCGAAGCUGCUUCCUGUGAAGGAAAACUUCCUCUGCAGAUCAGCCUUCAAAGGCGCCAGUAAGUUGACCAGGGAGGAUAUCGAGAGGGUAUUCGCGCUUUACGAUAGGGACAAGAACGGAACCAUCGAGAAUGAAGAACUCAAAGGAUUCCUGAAGGAUCUCCUGGAGCUAGUGAAGAAGGACUACGACGCUCAGGACCUGGAAGAGUUCCAGGAGUCCAUCCUGAGAGGAUGUGACUUCAACAAGGAUGGGAAGAUAUCUAAAAAAGAGCUGACCAUGGUUCUCUUGGCCUUGGCAAAGCAAAACGACGUCGAGCCGUCCACGACGAAGUAAGCUACGCAUCACCAUUGUCAAGGAGGCAAGCGAAAUCCGGUGCGAGCCGUAGCCCCAGCAACGA